AUGUCCGAGGAGGAAAUUGCUGUAGAACUUCAAUCUCAAGGAGUCACCUGUGUGAAAAGAUUCACCAGGAAAGAUCAUGACAGAGUUGUGCACACUAAAACUUAUCUUCUCACAUUUUCUCUUCCUAAAGUACCUUCUUCCCUCAAGGCCGGUUACUUCAACAUUGGAGUGGACGUUUAUAUACCUAAUCCACUCCGCUGUUACAAGUGUCAGAAGUUUGGGCAUGGGGCCAGGUCCUUUUCCACCCCAUCCCGCAAAGUAGACAGUGCAUGUCAGACAGACAUCUGCUGGGUUUCCGACAAUCAGACACUUACACAUUCCAUUUCUGGAGACGGCAAGAAUUCUUCCACGUCUGCCUCGCAGACUGAGAUUCAGCCUGAGCAGCUAAUACUGCCUCAGACUGUGACUCAGGCACAGUCUGAGUCACAGUCUAACUGUGAACCUGAAACUGAACCCGAGACAGUACAGCAAGUAAACAAAACCAAACAUCUUACAAACAGAGAAAGGAAACAAUUAAAGAAAAAAGAACUAAAGGCCCUCAAACACAUAGAGGUGCCGUCCCCAUUGACAAUCCCUGUAGAGGUUCAUAACAGCUUUGAACCUCUAGAUAUGGACGUCACUCCAUCUCCGCCAAUUCAACGGAGAGGACCUUCCCCCGCUCACGAUCUCCAAUUGAACCUCCAUGAGUUGUUAUACUAA